GUCUUUUUGCUGGAAGGGAACUAGCUGCUACAAAAUGACAAAUUCAUAAAGGCUCCUAUUACAGUGAAGAUCACGUACAAUACACAACACUGUAUUUGUCAGUAAAGGAGAAACAUUAUAAGAAUAUCUGACAAGUUCAGUUGCUGAACAAGACAAUGUCGGACAAGAACCAAACCUCAGACCUUCCGGAUGCACACCGAGGGCGUCUAGAGGAAAACCCGGGCACUGGGCUAUUAAAUGUGAAGGAAGAAGAUGAGACAGAUGACAUGAAUAGUCAUCAGACUGAAAUACAUUGCUCCCUCCCUGCUGAUGAAGAUAACGCUGAUAUAGUGAAAGUUGAGAUAACAGAAGAUCUGUGGUUGAGGCAUCAGCUGGAAGCACCAGAUGAGGAAACCAGUGACAGUAUCAGCCCAGGCCGUAUGGAUGUGAUGCCUUCAGAUGGCUCAGCGGUUGAGCACGGAGGAGAACCUUAUGUGUGUAAUUACGUGAAGACUGAGGAGGAUGAAGUUCCUAUAAAUACGGCUACAGGUGAAUUUACAAACUGCAGUAAUCCUAGUCCUAGCCAUGGUGAAAAUACAGAAACUUGUUUCAGUCUUCUUCAAAAUCAAAGUAGCAACGUGGGGAAUUUAUGUUCUGAAUAUGAGAAAUUUUAUACAAGGAAAUCAAAUCUUUUAAGACAUCAGAAAAUGUAUACAGGAGACAAAGCAUUUUCGUGUGCUGAAUGUGGGAAAUGUUUUGCUCUGAGAUCACAUCUCAUUAGACAUCAGAAAAUUCACACAGGAGAGAAAGCAUUUUCAUGCUCUGAUUGUGGGAAGAGUUUUACUCAGAAAUCACAUCUUAUUGGUCAUCAGAAAAUUCAUACAGGCGAAAAAGCAUUUUCAUGUUCAGAAUGUGGAAAAUGGUUUGCUCUGAAAUCACAUCUUACUAUACAUCAAAAAAUUCAUACAGGAGAGAAAGCAUUUUCAUGUGCUGAAUGUGGGAAAUGUUUUGCUCUGAAAUCCCAUCUUAUUAGACAUCAGAAAAUUCAUACAGGAGAGAAAGCAUUUUCAUGUUCUGAAUGUGGGAAAAGUUUUAUUCAGAAAUCACAUCUUAUUGGCCAUCAGAAAUAUCAUAUAGGAGAGAAAGCAUUUUCAUGUGCUGAAUGUCGGAAGUGUUUUACUGACAAAUCAACUCUUAGUAGACAUCAGAAAAUUCAUACAGGAGAGAAACCAUUUUCAUGUGCUGAAUGUGGGAAAUGUUUUGCUCUGAAAUCACAUCUUAUUAGACAUGAGAAAAUUCAUACAGGAGAGAAAGCAUUUUCAUGCUCUGAAUGUGGGAAAAGUUUUAUUCAGAAAUCACAUCUUAUUGGCCAUCAGAAAAAUCAUAUAGGAGAGAAAGCAUUUUCAUGUUCUGAAUGUCGGAAGUGUUUUACUGACAAAUCAACUCUUAGAAGACAUCAGAAAAUUCAUACAGGAGAGAAAGCAUUUUCAUGUUCUGACUGUGGGAAAAGUUUUAUUCAGAAAUCACAUCUUAUUAGACAUCAGAAAAUUCAUAAAGGAGAGAAAGCAUUUUCAUGUUCUGAAUGUGGAAAAUGUUUUACCAGCAUAAGAAAUGUUGUUACUCAUCAAAAUCUUCAUAUGAGAGUGAGAGGUUGUUCGUGUUCUGAAUAUGGGAAAAGUUAAGCUCAGAAAUUAAAACUUAUUGUGCAUCCGAAAAUUCAUAUGGGAGAGAAAGCAUUAUGUUUUGCACAGCAAACCCCUAUGCUAACAUCAAAAGUGCAAAAGCCUUUCCCCUAGUUGCAUAAAAAGCAUUGUAUUGAAUCAUAACAAAAAUAUAUUUUUUAUUCUUUUGAUUUCCAAUGACUAAUUUUUAUGCAAAAAUACUGAAAUAUUGUCCAUUUCUGUUUAUUUUAUAAAGUUUACCUAAUAUAUUUAUAAAUCCAUAAA